GGAAGGAGUAUAUUUUUUGACUAAAGAAAGUUGAGGCCCAAUUGGUAAAUUGGGCUUAUUGACUUUGAAGGCAGUUGAUGUGUGCCGAUAAUAGUGCGUCACAUAGUCGCGUGUCUGUGUGGGGAAUCUUUCCUUUUAAUUUUUAAUUUAAUUUAUUUUCACGCCCAAAUCCCAUUUGCAUCAAAAAACCCACAAUUCUAAUCCGAAUAAUUCACGACAAAUAAUAAGAAAAUGGCCCUCCAGAUUCCCCUUCACCCAUUUCAGCUCACGUGAAAUUCUUGUUAUUCCCCAAUUUCCCCUAAAUCCGAAGACCUCCUUUUUCCCUGCUCAAUUUGAUCUUCCGUUUUGCCCUAACGCCGGAGAAGCACCUUCCGGCUUUGAUCGGAGAUGGUUUCGCCUGAGAACACGAAUUGGCUCUACGAUUAUGGCUUCGAGGAUAUCACUGUUCCAGAUGCCAAUUUCGCGGCUCCCAAUUCCGGCUUUUCUUGGCCUGUUCAAGCCCUGACUGGCUCGACCAAUGCCAGUGUCGAAAUUGAUGGAUCAUUUGGAGAAUCUGAUUCGCAGAAGGAAACUGGGUCCAAAAAAAGAGCUAGAACUGAGACAUGUGCUAUAUCAAGCUCUAAAGCAUGCAGGGAGAAACAACGAAGGGACAGGCUAAAUGACAAGUUCAUGGAAUUAGGUGCUCUUCUCGAGCCUGGGAGGCCUCCUAAAACUGAUAAAGCUGCAAUCUUAGUUGAUGCUGUCCGAAUGGUAACUCAGUUAAGAAGUGAAGCUCAGAAGCUGAAAGACUCAAAUUCGAAUCUGCAGGAGAAGAUCAAGGAGCUCAAAACCGAGAAGAACGAGCUUCGUGAUGAAAAGCAAAGGUUAAAGGCGGAGAAGGAGAAGCUGGAGCAGCAGCUGAAGACAAUGAGUGCUCCCCAACCUGGUUUUUUACCAGCUACCCCAAACAUCCCAGCUGCAUUUGCCGCCCAAAGUCAAGCUGGCGGCAACAAGUUGGUGCCAAUCAUCAGCUACCCUGGUGUCGCUAUGUGGCAGUUCAUGCCACCAGCAGCCGUUGAUACGUCUCAGGAUCAUGUGCUUCGCCCACCGGUUGCCUAAGAGAGCAAUCAAACCCCUUGUUGACGUGAUUAUCGUGGUUUAAUUGUUAAAUUGUUGGCCUGUGCUUGACUGUUACUUUUUGUUAAACCUGUCUAACUUGGAUAAUGUUGGACUAGAGACCGUUUGUGAUUUGCCAAACUUUCUUAUCAUAGUGAAGUUUAUUGCUUCUUCUGAUGCUGUAAA